AUGAUUCAACACUAUAUCAAUGCUAACAAGGUAUUAAGUCGGGCUGGUUCACAUUCUAAACCCUAUUACGAGGCUUGGGCCUAUGACAAGGCGGUGGAAGUGGGGUUAAUACAGAUCCACAAAACUUUAACGCUACAUCGGGGAGCGACAAAUUAUGCAAAGUUGCACCAGCAACACAAGGAUGCAACAGGCAAACCCAUAACCGCGGACACCAGAGACAUAGUUAGCGACAUGGAUUGUUAUGUACCUCUUGGGUCUGUUACCUGUUCUGACAACCCCGAUCACGGUCUUCGUACAGCGCUUCUGCGGCUGUUCCCCAGAGCCCCAGCCGACGCCAAGCCGACCGACGCCAUCGAAAGUCUUCGGCACCUACAACUAGAGCUCAAGGGCGCCGAGGCAACGACGCUGCCGGCCAUCCUGGACUACGCCGCCAACAAGCUCGGCGACGCUCCGUGCUUGGGCACGCGGCAGAUCCUGGCCCGAGAACGCUUUGUGGAGGACGGAAAGGAGCGCGAAAAGAUGCGGCUCGGGGAGUACACCUUCCUCACUUACCGCGAAGUGCAGGACGUGGUAGUCAAGUUCGCCUCGGGUCUCGGCCACAUUGGCACGGGAGACAGCGGCCGGGUUGCCAUGUUCUCUGAGACGCGUGCCGAGUGGUUAAUGGCGGCCUUAGGAUGCCUGCGCCACAGGCAGGCGGUCGUGACUGUAUACACGACCCUCCCGGACGACAACAUCGUUUCUUCGCUUAAUGAAACUGAGGUUCGUGUGGUCAUCACGUCGCAGCAGCUGCUUGCACGCACAAUGGCGCUUCUCCCACAGUGCCCUGCUGUCAAGCACGUGAUCGUGUUCGAGGAUCAGCUGGAGGGCAUAGGCACGGUGGCCGAGGACCUCGGGGGUGUGGCUGUGACUCCAUUCCAGGACGUCGUGGAUGUUCAUCGUGACGACCGCUACCUGGCCUACCUUCCGCUCGCCCACGUGAUGGAACUCGCCGCCGAAAUGGCGCUUCUCGCCAAUAACGUGGUCAUCAUGUACGGGUCUCCCUUGACCUUGACCAACAACAGCCCCAAGGUGAUGUCGGGCACGCUCGGUGACACGAUCGUCAAAGGCGUAAACAAUGUUGCUCAGGAUCAAGGCUUUCUCAAGCGGAAGAUUUUCAGCAAAGCGCUGGAGAUCAAGAAGAAACAAAGUGCGCCGGAGUUCGUGAACAAGAUUCUUGACUUUGUGGUGUUUAACAAGGUCAAGGAGCAGCUGGGAGGCCAGGUGCGCUUGAUUGUGGUGGGAGGGGCUCCUCUGUCGGCCGACACACACGCCAAUAUCCGCGCCCUGUUCGGCUGCAACGUCCUGGUAGGCUACGGCGCCACCGAGACGACCGCGUGCAUUAGUGCCGCCGUACCCAGCGACCAGCGCACGGGGCACUGCGGAGCGCCCUGCUACGGCGUCCAAUUGACUCUCAUGGACUGGGAGGACGGCGGAUACCGCACAACGGACAAGCCGCAUCCCAGGGGGGAGAUCCUCGUGGCAGGCCCCACCGUCGCAAAGGGCUACUUCCGCCUUCCUAUGGUGACGCAGGAGGCGUUCGUCGAGCAUCAUGGUCAGAGGUGGUACAUGACGGGCGACAUCGGCCAGAUUGACGACACAGGGGUUCUGCGCAUCAUCGACCGCAAGAAGGAUCUGGUGAAGCUGCGAGACGGAGAAUUCCUCUCCUUGGGCGACAUCGAGACCAAACUGAAGACGCAUCCUAGGUGCAUCUGCGUGUCUGUGCCCUCUGAGGACAGGCUAAGGAAGCUCACAGAAAGACUCAAUCUUGACAGCAAGCGCGACUUCGAAAGCCUCACUCAAGACCCUGCCGUGGUAGCCGCUGUGCUGAAGGAGCUGCAGGUCUACGGCAUGCAGCAGGGUCUCCGCCAGCGGGACCUUCCCGUAGGCCUCUUCCUGAACACCAAGCCGUGGACCCCGGAGACGGGCCUCGUGACGGCGGCGUUCAAGAUCCGGAGGCAAGCGCUCGUUGAUUACUUCAAGGAGCACAUCAGUGCUCUCUAUAGCAAGUAUGAGGACCCUCAGUGA